AUGACGAAAGGUCUUGGCUUACGACAGUACCGGGCUUGCGUGAGAUGCCGCUCUCGCAAGACACGACAAGGAAUCGGUGACCCUAACAAGCCACCGUGCGUAAAGUGUGACCGCGAAGGCGCAGAAUGUGUACUCGCUACCUCUCGCCGCGGGGGAAACUACUCACAUCUUCGUCGGCAGAAGAAACAAUUCGCAUCAGAGAGACAUGGGCAUGAGGAUGCGAGGAGAUUUCCACGCCCCGAGCCGGCCCUAUCUAUCUCAUCGCCUGAGAAUGCCUCCCUGCACUCUGCGACACCCGGAGAUCAUGUUCAUGAUAAUCUGCAGAAUCCAUCCGAUGCACUCUUGAUUCUUGCUCAUGCGGCAGGGCAGCCGGAGGAUCAGGGUCAAUCUCAAGCUAACAGGGAUAAACCGUACUCGCCUGGUCGGAAUACUCGGAAUACAUCCUCGAGACAGGGUGGAAGGCAAGAUGCACUAAGAUACGAUCAUAUGGGAGACACCUCAAACGAUAUGAGCAACACACAAAAUUCAACGACUACUUCUCAUCCACUGAUUCAUAGCGGGACUAUACAACUACCACAUAUACUCGACCUUUUAUCCUCAUAUCGCGACUGCUACCACCCUUUCUUCCCAAUAGUCCCCACUACCGUCCUCAACCCCAGCAACAUCCAAGAAACCCUCCACCAAGAACCAUUCCUCACUACCGCAAUCCUAGUCAUAGCAUCCAAAGACCGCCCCGACCUAACCACCCUCCACGACGCAAUAUGGGACUACCUCCGGCAGCGAAUCCUCGACGUCGUCCUGGGCGUUCCCAGCACUCGCCACGUCGGUUGUGUCGAGGGCCUCCUCCUCCUCGGUGAAUGGACACUCCUCAACUUCGGUCAAGCCGAUGAUGGCGGCGGCGAGGCAGCUUGGUCUAUUCUCGGUCUUGCGGUUAGACUUGCGUAUCGACUUCGACUUGAAGAUAGUGGGUUUCGCGGCGAAGAUAAUGAAUUGGAUCCUAUCGCGCAGCGGAAACGUCUCGCCUGGACUUUUACAUACCUCUCAGACCGUCAAAUCUCCAUUCGCAUGGGCCAAGCCUUCUGGUGUCGUGGCCCCGCCCUCUCCGUCCGCUUCAUAGCCCAAGAUUUUCCCACCCUGCAACCCAGACCGCAAUCCUCAUCCUCCUCCUCCUCUACAGAAGACUACGCCUCCUGGAUCCAAGCACAAGUAGAAUUAACAACGCUCUUCGGCAACGCACACGACAUCCUCUUCGCCUCGAAAUCGCGCACUAUUGAACUGAUCACCCGCGGCGAUUACGUCAAGUAUAUCGAUGACACGGGCAAAGCCAUGGCAGCUUGGCAGCGUGCUUGGAGUGGGAUUAUGGUUUCCAGAGCGUUGAGGGGUUGUUUGAAUCUUAUGUUGGAGUAUUUGAGGUUAUAUGUUAAUGCGUUUGCAUUUCAGGCUGUGCUUUAUCGGGCUUCGAGGGUUGGUUCUGAGAGUAAUGCUAAUAUCAAUACUAACUCCGGUGCCGGUCUCGGUCACUGUGUGAAUGUGAAUGUGGGUGUUCGUCCCGGAUCAAGUAUGAGUGAUCUGGAUUUUCCAGACUCGACAAUGGCAAGUGCAGAUGCGAGGCAUAUCUACCAGGCUCUCGAUGCGGCAGAGUCCUUGUUAAGGGUCUUCACGAAGGAGUUCGAGGAGCGUCAGUUGCAAUGUCUACCGACGCGGUUUUACCUCUACGAAAUCCACUCCUCAGUCUUCCUCUACAAAGCCCACUCCACCGGCGCAAUCGCCCCCUCCCGCUACACCCAAACAACAACCCUAAUCCAACGCUUCAUCACCCUCCUCCAAACCAUCGCAAUCGACGACCAACACAUUGCCUCGCGAUACGCGCGGCUCCUCCACCAACUCUGGUUCCAGCGCCCGCGUGCCGAUACCGCCACCGAGCACGCUGCGGCUGACAAGCCCGGGCUCGGUGUUGAAGCGCGCGAUGCGCUUGGGGUGGGGGGUGGUGGGGUUGGGCUGGAUGUUGGGUCUGGGUUUGGAGGGGGGUCGUUGUCGUUGUUUGAGGAUGCUGGGAUUGGGUUGGAGAGUUUUGAGGGGGAGGGGAUGGAGGGGUUUUUUGUUAUGCCGCCGGUUUUUCCGUAUGAUCUUUCGGGGGUUUUUAGGUAG